ACUCCUAUCUCAGUCUUAGCUGCUGACCUAAACAUGAAGUUCCACCACACCAAGGUUCAUUUUCGCUUCUGAUGGUUCCUCAAAUUCUCUGUUCAGAACAAAAACACAAAUGUGCACAUUUAGGCAAACCUACUUUUUUUAAUCUCUGUUUGCAAUUCUUUAUGACAAGCAUUAUCAUUUUCCAAAUGGUGACAGCCGUUUCAGUUACCAAGAUACAAAACAAACAAACAUUUAAAAAUGAACUGAAAUUAACUUAUUUUAUGGUCCUAUCUUGCAUUUGGCCUUUCUAAAGUGAUUCUUAUAGAGAAUUCCUUACUUUAAUGGAGAAAUUUAUUUUGAAGGUGGCUAAUAAAACUCUCUCUCUUGUCUUCUCCCUCUCCACUCAAGGCUUUAGCUUUUAUUUCUGUGUGUUUAUGGCACUGAUAACCUCUUGCAUGCCCUUGCACACCAAGCAAACACAACCUAAUCACUUUGCCCUGCAAACACUCUGACAUCUCACAAGUAUGUAUGCUUUUUUAAACCCACACACACAUUUUUGUUCCUCUGAGCACCAAAAACCUCUUUUAAUGGAUAACAAGGUGACUGAAAGACAGAAAAGUGUUUAUUAACUUGAAUGAUAUGUUUCCCUUAGAGCCUUUUUUGAAACUGGACCUAAAUUACCACAUUCUGUCCAGACACAGUGUCUUUGAGAGGUCUCCUAAGAAUUGGUUCUUUCAGUGAGUUUGUGAGAAUGGGGUCUUUUGAGUGGAGUGAACAAGAACAGAAGCCUUCAAUUGACUGGCUUUAAAUGGAGAUGCGGGCCGUAUUUGACUGCACUGGUGAGAAUGGGAGCUUUGUGCACGUUUCCUGAGAUAAACCAGAUGGAUGUCCCAGGUUGGGCUGGCUUAGGGAAAUAAGCACCGAGAGCUGCAGGGCGUUUUGGAAUAUCUCACCUGAAACCAUUUGCUUUUCUUGCUUAUCAUUGGUCAUAAAUGUUAUUAGUAGAGAUCAAACUUGUAUGAGGAGGUUGGAUGAUAGCAGGGAGGGUUCGGUCAGGUGGAGCACUACAUUGUGGCUUUUGUUUACGAGGAAGGUAACCUGAGGUUGAAACAGGAAGUCCUUCCAGAUAGGGAUGUCUGCAGGCUGUGGAGCACCUGCAGCCAGUAGAGUCAACAUGAGAAGGAGGCUGUUCAGGUGACACUCUCAGCCAGCUUCAUGGAGCAAAUGCUGCAGAAGAGGGGAAAACAGACCUAGGCCUCUUCAUGGAGGAGGAUGUGGAGGUCGCCUCAGCCUUUGGGUUUAAAGCCGAACCAGAUUGGAAUGUUUGUCCACGUGGAUCCUUGGAAUGGGAAGAGAUGGGUUUGUUUCUGGGUCACACGGAGAGUCUGUUGGCUACAGAUGAAGCAGAGGGAAGUUCUGGAGAUGGAGGGAGCCAGACUGGAGAAGAAGCUGAUGCAGCAUCAGUGGAAAACGGAGAGACCAAACUGAAAAACAAAGAAGGGAUGGAUGAUGAGGAUGAGGAGGAAAAGUCAGCUGAAGGACUGGGUUUGUGUUUGAGUUCUAGAGAGGAGUGUCAUCAUGUUCGGAUUUCUCUUGAGGAGGUUGAGAGUUACUACAAGUUUUCUUCUCGCUGUCGCUGGCUCUGCGACGAGCUCAUGCAGCUUGACACGGAUCCCCCUCGAGCUGCUGACAUCACGUCUGAUCUCAGGAAGCAGUUUGCCUUCCUUUCAGGGGGUAGAGGAGACAAUGGCAGUCCAGUUAUUGUUUUCCCAGAAUUCCCUGCAUUUGGGGAGAUCUCGGACAAAGAGUUUCACAAUGUCCUCACCUACCUGACAAGUGUGCCCAGCUUGUCGUCUACAGACGUGGGUUUCAUCCUGGUCAUCGACCGCAGGCAGGACCGAUGGGCAGCAGUCAAGGGGACAUUACUCCGUAUUGCAGGCUCGUUCCCCGGGAACCUCCAGCUGGUUCUGGUUCUAAGGCCCACCACCCUCUUUCAGCGAACUCUCUCAGACAUCCUCUUCAAGUUCAACAAGGAUGAGUUCAAGAUGAAGGUUCCGGUGAUCAUGCUGAGCUCAGUGACGGAGCUACAUGCCUACAUCGACCGGAGCCAGCUGACCCAGGAGCUGGGGGGGACACAGCAGUACUGCCAUGAGAAGUGGAUCACACACCGCACUGCUAUUGAGGGCUUUGCUCUCAUGGUUAAGAAAACAGCGCAGACCUUGCAGCUGUUUGGGACUGAACUGGCAGAAACUGAGCUGCCAAAUGAAAUCCAAGCCACGACCAUCCUGCUGAGCACACACACCAGCAAGAGAGACAAGAUGAAGGAGGACAUACUGGUGGCUUUGGACCAGGGCAGCAGGCUGCUGGAGAGCAUCAACGAACCCGUGGUGAGAGACCCGGACCACAACAUGAACCAGGAUGAACUGGAGAACUUAGCCACGGUGCAAAGGCUGCUGUCUCAGCUGGAUGAGACGGAGAGAGCGUUCGAUGAGUUUUGGAUUCGACACCAGAACAAGCUUCAACAGUGUCUCCAGCUGCGACGCUUUGAGCAGAACUACAGAGAGGUGAGAGCCCUGCUGGACCAGGCCUCUGAGAAACUCACAACCUUCUCUGAGGUCGGGAUCAGCCCCGCCCACGCUGACCACAUCUUCUCUGAGCUCAGCACAUUUGAAGAGAAAGUUUGCGAGGUCCUGGACCGAGCUGCUGCUUUGUGUCAUGAGGGAGAGGAGCUCAUCCAGAACUCCCACUACGCCGAGGACUCCAUUCAGCCCAAAUGCAGCGAGCUCAGAGAGAUCAGUGAGAGCGUGAGCAGCAGUUUGAAGUCCAAAAAGGACUACCUGCUCAAAGCCUUGGAGCUGCACUAUCGGCUGGAGAGGGCAUCUAAAUGGGUUGAUGAUGGCAUUUAUCUGCUGGCAUCUCAGCCAGUGGAUAAGUGCCAGUCUCAUGAGGGGGCGGAGCUGGCUUUGCUGGAGCUGGAGCGUUACCUGGACAACGCCGGUGCAAAUCAGCUGACUGACCUUGGCACCAUCUGGGAGGAGUACGAGGAGGUGCUGAACCAGCAGUUCAAGGACCAAGUGGAGAAAGUCUCCCAGAAGCAGACAUCCAUGCAGGAGAUGUUUGACAAGAGGAGGAUCAGCCUGAAGAAGCUGGCAGCCAAACAAACCAGGCCGGUGCAGCCGGUGGCGCCGAGACCCGAAGCUUUCAUCAAAUCUCCGCUCAGCUCACCUGCUCACAAAACACAGCAAAGCUGUUUUGACUCCAACGGCUGUGAAAAGGAAAAUGGUGAGCUGCAGAUGGAAGACGGAAACAGCAGACACACGUCUCUGUCAGAGAAGGAGGAGAACCUGGCUGUGCUUCGUCGGCACGUCAUGAACGAGCUGCUGGAAACAGAGAGAGCCUACGUAGAGGAGCUCCUCUGUGUGUUACAGGGAUACGCCUCUGAGAUGGACAACGCCUCACUGUCUCACCUCAUCCCUCCAAAUCUGCAGAACAAAAAGGAGGUUCUGUUUGGCAACAUGCCAGAAAUUUACCACUUUCAUAAGAGAACCUUUCUGAGAGAGUUGGAGCAGUACACAGACUGCCCCGAGCUGGUGGGGAGGUGCUUUCUGGAGCGGAUGACCGACCUGCAGAUCUAUGAGAAGUAUUGUCACAACAAACCUCGCUCUGAAAGCCUCUGGAGGCAGUGCUCAGACUGCGCCUUCUUCCAGGAGUGCCAGAAAAAGCUGGAACACAAGCUAGGUUUAGAUUCGUAUCUGUUAAAGCCGGUUCAGAGGAUUACCAAAUAUCAGCUGCUGCUGAAGGAAAUGCUGAAGUAUAGUAGGAGUUGUGACGGGGCCGAAGACCUGCAGCAGGCGCUCACCUCCAUCUUAGGAAUCCUAAAGGCUGUGAAUGACUCGAUGCACCUGAUCGCUAUCACAGGAUAUGAGGGAAAUAUGAGUGAACUGGGUAAACUUCUGAUGCAAGGCUCCUUCAGCGUCUGGACGGAGCACAAAAAGGGUCACGCCAAAGUAAAAGAUCUGGCUCGCUUCAAGCCCAUGCAGAGACACCUGUUCCUCCACGAGAAGGCUCUGCUCUUCUGCAAGCGGAGGGAGGAGAACGGGGAGGGCUACGAGAAAGCUCCCUCCUACAGCUUCAAACAGUCUCUGAGUAUGGAUGCAGUGGGAAUCACUGAGAAUGCAAAGGGAGACAACAAGAAGUUUGAAAUCUGGUGCAACUCCAGAGAAGAGGUUUAUAUUGUUCAGGCACCAACAGCUGAAGUGAAAACCACUUGGGUCAACGAGAUCCGUAAGGUUCUGACAACCCAGCUGGAGGCAUGCAGAGCCAGCCAGCAGAGGGCGCCAGACCCAAUGUUCCAGUUCCCACCUGUUCCCAGUGGAACAGUCAGCCUCAGUCCGUUCAAGAUGGGACAAAAGAGCUUUAGGAAGGGAGAAGAGAAGAAGGCUGAGUCCUGCAGCUCUGAGAUGAAUUCCUCAUCUUCACCAAAGCUAAUAGAAAAAGACGAGGCUGUGGCCAGCCCCACCUCAGACAGAGCUGCUGUGGCUAAAAAGCGCUUAACUUUACAGGGCUUCAGUAACCUGAAGGCCCAAAAAGAACCUUCGUCCUCUGAUGACAAAUGUUACUCUUUACCCAUCAUAAUCUUCCCAUCAUCAGGAUCUCCAACCAGCCCAGAUCACAAGUCAAAACGUCGGAGUGAUCCUACUCCUUUUGGCUUCAAAGGAUGGAACAAGACUUCUGUGUCUCUGAGCGCCUCAGAGGAACACGACGACUACUCCAGCGCUGAGGAUCCGCUGAACUCCGACCCAGAAGAAGAAAACAUCAAGAAGCUAUGUGCAGGAAAAUAUACGGUGAUGGCUGAUCUGGAGGUUGAAGGUCUUCAGGAGCUGUCAGUGAAGAGUGGAGACACGGUGCAGCUGGUCAAAGAGGGGGAUGAUGGACGGUGGUUUGUGCGUAACCUGAACACGUCUCAGGAGGGCUGGAUGGCUGCUGCUAAUCUCCUCGCCCUCAUGGGCAAAUCCAAGUCCUGCCAGUCCCUCACCAGUUCAGAAGGCAGCGGCUCGGGGAACCUCAGCACGUCCUCCAGCUGCAGCGAGACCUACACAAACUUCUCAGAAGUCAAACCCUGAAGUCCUCGGACCUUCUUCCUUCUUAAUCACGCAGUGGCAUCUGUGCUGUAUUGCCAGGAUUAAGACUCGUUUAAAUUUUGCACAGAAAUCUGUAUUUUUUGAUUAUUUUUAUCACAAAACACCCCACAUAGCAUUGUCUCUCAGAGUUAGCCACUGUGCAUUCAUGUAUUAAAGAUAGCCAGCAGGUUCACAGGUUGAAGUUACUUCACUGUGUGGUGAGAUCUUCUAAUGAAAGAUCUCUCUGGUUAUUCUGAUCAAAUGACAGAUGUGUGAGUGGGCCAGCAGGACUGAUUCAGUUGAUGCAUCUAUUGGAACAAAUUGUGACUUAUUAAUCAUCUCAUGAGGAUGAACAAUCAUUUAUCAGUUCAUAUUUAACUGUCACUGUAUUAUUUUAAAGACGGGGUAAAUAUAAACAUGUGGAAGUUGUUUAGCUUGAAUGCAUCUCUUCGUGUUUGUGACAUUUACAUUCAUCCACUCAUCUGUUUUUCUUAUUCUCAUCCUUUCAUUUCCUGCUUUCUGCCCAUUAUCAGCCUGUCUUAAAACUCUGUUGUGUCCAGACUUUGUGUGUGUGACCCUUCCUCCUUGGGUGUCCUCGUGGGAUUUCAUACUUGAAACAAGAAUCAGAAACCACUGUAUAGUGCUAACUUAUUCCCUGUGUAGGGAUGUUAUUCUGAAUGUAGAUAUUGUGCGUUAAUAAUUGUCUCUCAUGAAAUGUUUGUUAUUAAGAUGCUAUAUUGUACACUGAGUAUGGUGUUGUCACGACUUGGUGACAUGUCUAAUUUUUUACAUAAACAAAUUACGAUAAA